AUGGCCUACUACCUCGCCCCACCCUCUUGGAAAACCUGCGACAACUCCCUCCAACCCUGCGAGCUGCACAUGAUCUCGCUCUUUGAGAGCCGAGGCCGGAAUAAUUUGGCGAAUUGUAUACGCCACGGGCGCGUGUAUUUGCGUUUGAGUCAGGCGCUUUUGCUGGACAAUAGUUGUUCUCUGUUCUACCUCAGAAUGACGGGGUAUAUCAACGGUCUCAAAGCGGCGUUUCGAGAGCUGGACCAGAAAGGGGUGGGAGGGCAUGUGGGAAGGAUUGAAGAAUGGGAGCGGGAAGGGUUUCAAAGGUAUAAAGACGAUCAGGUGUUGUUGAAUAUGCGGCAGAAGGUUGGGGAGUGGGAUGUGAUGAAGGAAAGAGGGGUUGGUAUGAGUGAGAGCGAAUUGGAGGAGGUGUAUGUUUGA